AUGCCCACCACACAAAGUAAACCAACUUCUGGCGAUGACGUAAAUCAAGCAAAGCAAAUAUAUAAUGAUAUAAAUGAUUACUUGGAUUGUUUGGCAGAAAUGAUACAAUCCGAAGUACAAGAAUUCGACGAAGAGGAUUCUGAUGAUGAAGAAUUAUCUCCCAUAGCUUUGCAAUUCUUAAAAGACUAUAAAGAAUACAUUUCCUCUCCAUCUCAAGUUCAUACACAACUUGUCGAUUCUGGUUCUUCAUCAUCUGGCUCAUCCUCACGACUACAAAAAAAGCGGUUUUGGAUGUAUACUCAAACGAAUCAAAUGUUACGGUCACUUGCUCCUAAGCUACUCAGCGUUAAUCCAAAAUUAUGUGAAGCAAAGAUAGAUUAUAGUGCACAAGCCUCUCCAUCAUUCUCCACUUCUCCUUCCGACACAACUAGCAGCAAUAAUGAAAAGUUACUUAUGAAUAACACCAGCACAGCCGUUGCAUCAUUGAAAGCUCAUCUAGCAAAAGAACAAGAAAAGAAUUGUAUCUUUAUUCGCAAACCGCAAUAUGCACCUAUCGAGGAGAAAAAUUUCGUUUUUGUUGUUAAAGAAUCAACUGCUGCUAUUGUCACUCCUCCUAAGCUCGUUGAAUCCCCUACUAAAGAGAAAAUUGAAGAAAAAGGUUCAAUGUCUGAAAAAUCCGAAUUUAUUGAAAACCUAUCAGAAAAGGUUAAAAAGAUACCAAUCAGCAUCGAUUUGAUUUCCAAUUUCAUUGCCAUAACGAAGGUCGGAUUUUCCAAGUCUCAACUUUCUCAACUUUCUUCACUAAUGUGGACCGAGUGA